AUGCUGAGCAGCUCCGCUCGCCGAGGCGUGCUGCGGCGCCUGCUGCAGCGCAGGCUGUCGAGCUCCGCGGCGCCGCGCACUGCGGCCGCACCCUCCCAAGACGUCCAUCUAGCUCUGGAGAGCUUCAUCGCUCGCCGCGAGUCGUCGCGCGCGCUGGACGCCUUCGACAAACUGCAGCCGGCCCAGCAGAGCGACCCCGAGCUGUUGCAGCGACUGGCGCUGCUCGUAGCCAAGCGCGGGCAGCCGCACGAGGCCCCGCGCGCGGCGCAGAUGCUGUGCGGCCUGCUGACGCAGCCGGAGGUCGCGGUGGACGACUCCACGCAGCUGGCGGCCAUCUACACGCUGGACGCGUGUCUGCGGCAGCAGCGGCUGGAGGACGCGCUGUUGCUGUUCAAAGCGACGCGCGAGCGGGACGUCCUCGUGGACCUUCCGGCGGUGGACGCGCUGCUGCGCGCGCUGGUGGGCGCUCACCGCGUGGACGAGGCCGUGGAGAUACUGAAGAGCACCACGUCGCAGCACGACGUGCGCCCCACAGAGCAGACCUUCCAGCCCGUGCUGGUGGCCAUCAUGCAGCAGCAGCGCUACGAGGACGUGACAGCGCUCAUCGAGCACGGACGCGUCAACGAGGUGGACUUCUCUCCAGAGACGUACGACCCGCUGGUGGACCUGUCACAACAGCAGUAUUCGGCGGAGAACGUCGAGCGGCUGGGCACGUUCAUGGCAUAUGUGAACGACGCUCUGAAGGAGGACGGGGUGAGUACCGUAGCUGCCUCCUGGCUGAAUCUGAAGGAAGUGGUUGAUGCGGUGCACUGA